AUCUCCUCCCUCCCCUCCAAUAACUGCACGCAGCCGACGUUGCGAUUGACGGAGGACAGUGAACUGGUGGUGGAUCUGGAAGGGAUCAUCAUCACACUCACAGCACAGCCCUAACACUAACUAAGAUGGGGCAGCAGGAGGAAGAGGAGGGUAUCCUGAUGGUGCCUAUGCAAAUUCAGCCGGGUUCUUCCCUUUGGCCACCGCAUGCUCCAUCUCCUCUCCGUGUGUCCAUCUGCAGGCGAGAUCGAGACAGCAUUUUUAGCACUGCACCUGUGGACGAUCUGCAGCAGCAGCCUGACUCUCCAACAUCAUGUACUCUACCCAACGGCUAUUCUCCGGUGAUGAUAAGAACCUCGUCUUUAGACGAUUAUGGACUGCUGCCACCGUCACCGCCACGGCUACCUACAAAUCAAGAGGAGGAGGCACACUACAACAACAGCCAAAUAGCCAGCUGCUAUACAAGUCGUCGUGCGACGGAUGCAUCAUCAUCAUUCCAGUCCAGUCAGGAUGUCGAGCCAUUCAAUUGUGACGAUGAUGAUUUGGAGUAUGGCGAUAUGUACCCACCUUGUUACAUCGCGGAUCCUUGUAUGGUGGUUCGUCAAGCCAUUUCAUUCGCGGAGACAUCGCUGAAAUGUCACAACGAUGACCCAAGCAAUCAAGUCAAGUAUCAACUUAUCGAGGCUACGUGUAGUAAUUACUUGGUUCAUGGUACCGGUUGUUAUGGCCAUGUCAACUUCACCGCGAGGGCAAAGGGAGAUGAAGAAGGUUCGUCGUCCCAGCAGGAGCUCUUCUUUGCAGAGCUGAACCUACGGGGAUCAGACUUCACGACCUUGACGUGCUUUCGCUCCUUGAAAGAAAAGGACGACCAAGUUGGUGGCCGUCUGGGAUUGCAAAGGGAAGAAGGCGACGGUAUAGACGACCUUGAUCACUGCUAUGCGUGUUCGGAUGAACUCAAACACCCAAGGGAUGGAGCGUCAUAUCACGCAGGCCAUUCGACUGGGCGCCGAUGCUACGAGUUUCCUUAAUCUGCAUGCAUGGCUUGUUUUUGGCGUCUCUAGUCACAAGAAAUUUGGCUCGGCGAAAUCAUCUCAUUUAGAAUGAUAUAUAUCCUAUGGUUUUGAUCGAACGACGCCAAUAAUACCGUACUAUUUAUACAGUGUUGGACACGCAAAUAAGAAUGCCACCCGGCUUUAUGUCGAAACUGUUUUUAUAUUGCUUCAUUUUGAUGGUUGGGUGAACUCACCCCAACAUAUUAAUCAAAGAAUGUUGUUAAUUU